UAAGUCUGGAUAAAUAACCGAAAAAUUGAAGAAUUUUAAAUUCGUAUACCGUACGUGCACUUCGUCCACGAACGAAUAAUGAGAAAAUGGCUGCGCCAGCAAGAACGCAUGAAGACAUAGAAGCCGAGGUUCGAAAUAUCCAAGCUCGGCGAGCAGGAUUGAAGGAGCAGGGAGGUCAAGGUGCUGACGGUGAAAAUGGCGUGGAUCGUGUUGGUCUAGGAGCAGAAGGUCACUAUGACACGGACAUUUAUGGAGGUUCUUCCAGCAAGUUUGCCGGAUAUGUCACCUCAAUCGCUGCCACAGAGGAGCAGGAAGACGAAGAUGAUUACCCCACCGCUUUACCCAAGGGAUCGAAGUACACGGCCCCUUUGAACUUCCUUAAUGACACAGCAAAUGACAAGGAUUAUGAUCCGCUGGCUGACAGACGACCUCAGAGAAUCUCUGACAGAGAAGAUGAGUACCGCGCUCGCCGCAGACAGAUGAUUAUCUCCCCUGAAAGAUAUGAUCCAUUCGCUGACGGUGGCAAAACACCGGAUCCUAAGCUGAGGACAUAUGGAGAUAUCCUUAAAGAACAGAGGGUUUCCCAAGAGCAGAAAUCUCUGCAGCAGCAGAUGGUAGAGAAAGCAAAAUCGGGUGAUCUGCAUACAGUAAACUCAGCCGCAGGAGAUGCUUCUGCCAAACAAGCAUCCAAACGCCGACGAUGGGACCAGCUCGCCGAUGACCAGCCUGCCAAGAAGAAAACAUCAAGUUGGGAUGUUGCCGAGUCUGCUACCCCCUCAAACACAAGGUGGGAUGAAACCCCAGGGAAAGCGAAAGGUUCGGAGACGCCAGGCGCUACACCAGGGGCCAGUACACGGAUGUGGGAUGCUACCCCUGGCCAUGCGACACCAGGCGCCGUCACACCUGGUCGUGAUACGCAGGUCACACCCAGUGCCCGUAGAAACCGGUGGGACGAAACGCCAAAAACAGAGAGAGAAACUCCUGCACAUGCCACACCCGGUCACAGUACUCCUGGGGGAGGCGGCUGGGCAGAAACACCGAAAACUGACCGUGGGGGUGACCUGAUACAAGACACGCCCACCGCAGGUGCAAGCAAGCGGCGAUCCAGAUGGGAUGAGACCCCAGGCCAGGCAACUCCUGGAGGCUUAACUCCGAGUGCCAUGACCCCAAGUGCCAUGACCCCCAGUAUGACCCCUGGAAGUAUGACCCCGAGCGGAAUGACUCCCGGAGGGCUAACACCAGGUGGGUCCACGCCCAGUGGGAUGACACCUAGUGGAGUGACACCUACUGGACAGAAAGCCAUGGCAAUGGCGACUCCUACUCCUGGUCACCUGAUGUCCAUGACACCGGAACAGUUGCAGGCAUUCACCUGGCAGAGAGAGAUUGAUGAGAGAAACAGGCCACUGUCAGACGAGGAACUAGACUCCCUCUUCCCAACAGGCUAUAAGGUCUUACAACCCCCGGCAGGCUAUGUCCCUAUAAGAACCCCAGGGCGUAAACUGAUUGCCACACCUACCCCUAUGGCAGGCACGCCCAUGGGCUUUCGUAUGCAGACCCCAGACAACAAAGUACAGAUGGUGGACAUGCAGCCCAAGGGGAACCUACCCAUGAUGAAACCCGAUGAUAUGCAGUACUUUGAUAAACUACUGGUUGAUGUGGAUGAGGAGUCAUUGUCUGCAGAAGAACAGAAAGAGAGAAAGAUCAUGAAGCUGCUGCUAAAAAUUAAGAAUGGAACACCACCGAUGAGAAAGGCUGCACUGCGACAGAUCACGGACAAAGCUCGGGAAUUCGGGGCUGGUCCACUCUUCAACCAGAUCCUACCCUUGCUUAUGUCCCCUACCCUGGAGGACCAGGAGCGCCAUCUGUUGGUGAAGGUUAUUGAUCGUAUCCUGUACAAGCUGGAUGACUUGGUGCGUCCGUACGUCCACAAAAUCCUGGUUGUUAUUGAACCUCUGCUGAUUGACGAGGAUUACUAUGCCAGAGUGGAAGGCCGAGAAAUCAUCUCCAAUUUGGCUAAGGCUGCUGGUCUAGCUACCAUGAUCUCCACAAUGAGGCCUGAUAUUGACAACAUGGACGAGUAUGUGCGUAACACGACCGCCCGAGCGUUUGCUGUAGUCGCCUCGGCCCUAGGAAUCCCCUCCCUCCUGCCCUUCCUAAAGGCUGUGUGUCGCAGUAAGAAAUCAUGGCAGGCUCGUCACACUGGGAUCAAGAUUGUGCAGCAGAUCGCCAUUCUCAUGGGCUGUGCCAUUCUGCCACAUCUGAGAAACCUGGUAGAGAUUAUCGAACAUGGACUUGUAGAUGAACAGCAGAAGGUGCGUACAAUCACAGCUCUGGCCCUGGCUGCUCUGGCCGAGGCGGCCACGCCCUACGGGAUUGAGUCCUUUGACAGCGUCCUCAAACCCCUCUGGAAGGGUAUUCGUCAACAUAGAGGAAAAGGUUUGGCAGCUUUCUUGAAAGCGAUUGGUUACCUGAUCCCACUGAUGGAUGCAGAAUAUGCUAAUUACUACACCCGUGAGGUCAUGCUGAUCCUGAUCCGAGAGUUCCAGUCCCCUGAUGAAGAGAUGAAGAAAAUUGUACUCAAGGUAGUGAAGCAGUGUUGUGCCACAGAUGGUGUAGAGCCUCAGUACAUUAAAGACGAGAUCCUGCCUCCGUUCUUCAAACACUUCUGGAACCAGAGGAUGGCCCUGGACAGAAGGAACUACAGACAGCUUGUGGACACGACUGUGGAGAUCGGCAACAAGGUGGGUGCGGCCGAGAUUAUUGGGCGUGUGGUGGACGACCUAAAGGAUGAGGCUGAACAGUACAGGAAGAUGGUGAUGGAGACGAUAGAGAAGAUCCUGGGUAACCUGGGUGCUGCUGAUGUGGACUCGCGGCUAGAGGAACAGCUGAUCGACGGCAUAUUGUACGCUUUCCAGGAACAGACCACAGAGGAUGUGGUGAUGUUGAAUGGGUUUGGUACAGUGGUGAACGCUCUUGGGAAGCGCGUCAAGCCGUACCUCCCUCAGAUCUGUGGUACCAUCCUCUGGCGUCUCAACAAUAAGUCUGCAAAAGUGCGUCAGCAGGCAGCUGAUCUGAUCUCCAGGAUAGCUAUCGUGAUGAAGACCUGCCAAGAGGAGAAGCUGAUGGGUCACUUGGGUGUGGUACUGUAUGAGUACCUAGGAGAGGAGUACCCGGAGGUACUGGGCAGCAUCCUAGGUGCCCUUAAGGGUAUCGUCAAUGUGAUCGGCAUGACCAAGAUGACGCCUCCCAUCAAAGAUCUGCUCCCACGCCUGACACCAAUUCUCAAAAACAGACACGAAAAGGUGCAAGAGAACUGCAUUGAUCUUGUUGGUCGAAUAGCCGACAGAGGGGCGGAGUUUGUGUCGGCACGAGAAUGGAUGCGAAUCUGUUUUGAGCUGCUGGAGUUGCUGAAAGCCCACAAGAAGGCCAUUCGGAGAGCUACAGUCAAUACAUUUGGAUACAUUGCCAAAGCUAUUGGUCCUCAUGACGUGCUGGCCACCCUGUUGAACAAUCUGAAGGUGCAGGAGAGACAGAACCGAGUGUGCACGACGGUUGCUAUAGCGAUCGUCGCUGAGACCUGCUCUCCGUUCACAGUGCUGCCCGGCCUGAUGAACGAGUACAGAGUACCCGAGUUGAACGUUCAGAAUGGUGUGCUGAAGUCUCUGUCGUUCAUGUUUGAGUACAUCGGGGAGAUGGGAAAAGAUUACAUCUACGCUGUGACACCUCUUCUGGAGGAUGCGUUAAUGGAUAGAGACCUGGUCCAUCGUCAGACUGGCAUGACGGCCAUCCAGCACAUGGCCCUGGGGGUGUUUGGGUUUGGCUGCGAAGAUGCCCUCACUCACUUGCUGAACCAUGUCUGGCCUAACAUCUUUGAGACGUCACCCCACGUGGUACAGGCCUUCAUGGGCAGUAUAGAGGGUAUCAGAGUGGGCACCGGCCCCCACAAGAUUUUACAGUAUACAUUACAGGGUUUGUUUCACCCGGCAAGGAAAGUGCGAGAUGUUUACUGGAAGGUUUACAACACAGUGUAUAUAGGCGCCCAGGACGGCAUGAUUCCCAGCUAUCCCAGAAUCCUCAACGAUGUCAAGAACCAGUAUGUCCGAUACGAGCUUGAUUAUGUACUGUGAUGAAAUUACAGCUUUUACCGCAGAUCUUUUCUGUAUUAUCACUGUUACUUGAAAAGUGGCCAUUUUCCAAAAGCCUCUUGAGAUCUUCACAUUUUGUGUGCAUGUUUUAUCUAUGUAAAGGCUCAACAGGAAGCGAAAACACUUUUAGGUUGUUCUUGUGUUAGGUAUAUGAGACGUACCAAAGAACAAAAAAAAAAACCCCCAAAAUCUGUCUUGGUUAGCUUUAGAUUACUGGGAUACAAGCAAGUAAGAUGAACUUUGGUUCACAUUUGUGGGAUAUCUUUCUGGUUAAAAUUCAGUGGACAUUUGAAAGUAUCAUUCUGCUUGUCACCAUUCAGGAAAAGAACCUUUUGCAUAGUUGAUGUUCAAAUAAAAAAAGAGGACAUAUUAAAAUUAUUGAUUUUUUAAACAUCUUAUUUACUUGUCAUGUUCGUUUAGAUUCAAGGUUUGUAGACAUUUUGUAGUCCUCUUAAAUCUUGUACCAACUCAUCAAAACAUUGUGGGGUGUGCUUUUAAAUUCUCCCAGAUUCACCAGAUUUGAAGCUUAAACAAUUCAAAUGUGAGUUAGUUUGAGCUGUUCACACAAAUAUAUGUUCACACAAACCUGUUCAGUUUCUAGUAGCUCUGUAUUUAGGAAUGUCCUUUGUCCUUAAAGGACAUUACGUUGAAUGAUCACAUUUUUAAAUUGGAUAUUCUCAGCGUGGAAAUCUUUUCAUCUACAGUCAUUUUACUUGCUGUAAAAUAAACAUUUUCACUCCAGAUGGGAUGUUGGUUGUCAAAAAAAAAAAAAUAAAUAAACCUACACUUAAGUUUAAUGUUUUUGAAAUUAAUUGAUCAUGCUUGUUGAAAUUCAUAGUAAGUUUUAAAAUUUUGUAUGUAAAUUUGGGCUUGGUGUACCCCCUAAGGCCGACAGUGGUCCUCACAACACUGAGUGUGAAAUAUUUCUGAAUGACCGUUGCACUAAAAACAAUAAAUGCUUGGCUGCUUUAGUUUGAACAUUUAGAUGAAUUUCCAUUAAGUGAUGUGUCAGUUUUGUAAAUAAGCUGUACAUGUAACAAAUAAUUUUAUGGCUUCAAACAUUUAGUGGUGUCUCAGAAUGGCUUGACUGGUGAAAACUAAUAUGAUACAGCUUAGUGCUUAAUUCAUUAUGCGAUCAACCUUUAAUUUUUGUUUCAUGAUACAUCAAACUUUAAUAUAAAAUUUAAUUACAUUUGAAAAGGGUUGUUACAUGAACUCUUAUAUUGGCCUCACAUUUGUUUUCAUAUCGUACGCACCUUGUAAAGAGAGUUCGAACGUCCUUCCUGAAAGCCAUGUUCUUCUUGUCAAUCAGGCUUGGAGAGGGGAGAUAACUCUUUCUGUUAGUAUUGUUCAAAGCAGCUGUACAUUGAAGUGUAACUCUUACAAGUCCUUUGUAAUGUUCAAUAUUUGUAAAUAAAUGUCACUUAAAUCUAA